CCAUCUGGGAACAAGGUGCUGACACAUAUUUAUCUCUCUCUGCCUGGAAAUAAACACAAAGUUGUCUCUUUCUGUCGGGGAGCGCUGCUGCUGCUGCUAAAAUCUUCGACACCGGGUAACCUGUCUGUUUGAGGACUCGUGAGUCAGCUGAGUGCUUUCAGAAACAAACAAGAAAGCUCUGGGGGAAUGUCUCUCCCCCGGCCUCCCAUGGCCUCCCUGCCUGUUUCCUCAGUCCAGGCAUGACCAUCACCCCUAAAAAACACAGCGCUCAGCCUGGUUCCACCUCGUACAACGACACAAGUCCCCGAUCCAGUUCAGUACAGAUGGAUGAGGCCGAUGGCCUGCGAUUGAAGCUCACCUCUGAGGACUCGGUGUCGCUGGCUUCCUCGUUGGCAGAGCCCAUCAACCUAGAAGAUUCCCACUAUGCUCUGCUGCGGGCCGAGCUCGAGUCCGACCACCAGAACCUGGAGGCGGAGUCAUGGAGCGUCGCUGUGGAGCAGAACUACCUGAAGGCCCUGAGCAAAGAGGCUGUAAAAAGACAGGAUGUCAUCUAUGAGUUGAUCCAGACGGAGAUGCACCAUGUACGCACCUUAAAAAUCCUUCUCCGUGUCUACAUGCACGAGCUGCGGCAGUCUUCGCUGAUAGAGCAGGCCAGGUUGGAGCGGCUCUUCCGUGGGGUGGAAGACCUGCUCACUCUUCACCAGCACUUCCUCUACUGCCUCAAAGUGCGUCAAAACCAAAGUCAAGAAGAAGGGAACCCAAACAACUACCAGAUCAUGCAGCUGGGGGAUAUUCUCAUCAAUCAGUUUUCAGGUUCACUGGGAGAAGGAAUGUUGGAUUGUUACAGUAUUUUCUGUGGUCAUCAAAAGGAAUCCAUCAGCUUCUACAAAGAGCAGCUGCAGAACAGCAAGAAACUGCAGAUCCUUACUAGGAAAAUAGGUCAGCUGCCUCUGGUGCGAAGGUUAGGAGUCCCUGAGUGUUUUCUGUUGGUGACUCAACGCAUCACAAAAUAUCCCGUCCUGGUGGAAAGAAUCAUACAGAACACUGAAGCUGAUACAGACGAGUACAAGUCUCUAGUUCAGGGUUUGGCUCUGAUCAAAGACACCAUCUCCCAGGUGAACACUCAGGUCAGCGAAUAUGAGAACGCAGCUCGUCUGAAAGAAAUCAGCCUGCGUCUGGAUCCAAAAUCUCAGGGCCGGCUGAAGGACGGCCAGCUGCUCCGCAGGGACGAUCUGCUCCAAGGAGACAGAGCGCUGCUGCACGAAGGCACCUUCACCUGGAAGACCACCGGGAGACAAAAAGACGUCCAUGCUGUGCUGCUGUCAGACGUGCUCCUCCUCUUACAAGAGAAAGAUCAGAAGCUUGUGUUCGCUACAGUGGAAAACAAACCAUCAGUGAUCUCCCUUCAAAGGCUGAUUGUCAGGGAAGUGGCUCAUGAGGACAAAGCCAUGUACCUCAUCUGUGCAUGCACCACCAGCAUGCCGGAGAUGUACGAGAUCCACACACGCUCCAGAGAGGAAUGCAUGACAUGGGCCACCAUGAUACGGGAAGCUGUGAACAGAUAUCCAGAAGAGGAGCAGUACCGUGAACUGACUGCUCGACUGCAACAAUUUCAAGAUGUUCUAAAGGUGAGAGAUGAGCAGAUAAGGCAAUGUCUGACGGAGAAGCAGCAGAUCUUUGCUGCUCUCUACGAGACCAUGACGGAGCAGGAAACCCCCCACAAAGGGCUGCUGCUCCGAGGAGACACCACCGACCUCCAGCAGGGGGCGACACUGCUCAAAGGGGCCAUUGACGAGGUGGAAACCCUGCAGAACCUGCUCUUUUCAAGAAUAAAAGACCCAAACCUUCUAAUGGAUGAGAGUCAGACGCAGGGGGGGCUGCUCAGAAGGGCCGAGACCAUCGGAGGGGCUGAUGGUAACGCUGCUGCAAGCGACAUUAAAAAUGGAGAUGGAGAUGAGAGGCUGUGUGGCAGUGAGGGCAGUCUGGUGUACACCAGUCACACCUUUAAUGACUCUCAGCUCCAAGAGAGUUACAGCGCCGACAGCCUGGAACAGUUUGCUGAUGAGACAGACCUGCCAAACUUCAAUUUAACCUCCACUCAUUUACGUGAGGCAGAGGUGUGUGACAGGGUGAUACUGCUCGCACAGAGGCUCUACAGCUUGGAAGCAAUCAUCACCCAACAGGACAGCCAGAUCGAGCUGCAGCAUGCUUUUCAGACCAAACGCAAGCAGCCAGCUCGUCAUUACAGCAGUGUGCUGCUGGAGCAGGAGAAGCAGCGCAACUUGGAGAAGCAGAAGGAGGGACUGGCCAACCUGCACAAGCUGCAGGCCAAGCAUCGAGAGGAGCAGCAGCGCUGGGAGAAGGAGAGGGAGCGGCAGAGGAUGCAGAUCGAGGCCCUGGAGGCUCAGCUGCAGCAGAGGGAGGAGGACUGCCGAGAGUGGGAGGAAAAGCUCAACGAAGAGAGGGAUGAGCUGUCCAGGAUGAAGGAAAACUAUCAGCAGGACUUGGAGAGGCUGAGGGAGUCCACAAAAUCAGUAGACAAGGACAAGGAGCGUCUCAAUCUGGAGAAGGAGCGUCUAAUGAGUCUGCAGGAGAAAAUAAAGAAGUACAUCCCAGGAAACUCAAACUAUGAUGAUCCUUCACAUUAUUCCAGUCGCUCCAGUUAUCAGUCGUUCAGGGGAAGCCUCCUUAACGGAGUAAGUUCCUUAACUGCAAAGUCCAGCAUCUUGCACCACAAGCCCACCUCUUCGGAAAUUCCUCCGAAGGUUCCCCCGCGCAGAGAGAGCAUCAGCCCCCUGCCGGCCAAACCCGAGCUACCAGUCCACCUGAUCAGCACCACCAACCAGGUGAAUAAACCUGCAGCCGUGCAGCAGCAGAUCCCCACCAAGCUGGCAGCGGCAUCCAAGGGGAAGGAGAAAGGCCACAAGAAGAAGGGGCACCACCAGAGAACACACAGUGCAGCCUCUAUAGACGUGAACCAGGUGCUGCCCAUCCGAGUUACCGGGAAGGAAGGAGGCAGUCUGAGAUCCCAAAGGAAGGCCAGUCCUCAAAGAAUCUACCAGCCAGGUGUCUUCACCCCACCAGGAUCAGCCCAGAGUGUAAAAACAUCUCAGUCCUUCAGCACGCACAAGAGGAGCAGCGAUGAGGAUCCACCACCGAUACCUCCUCCUUUUCCUAAAGAUGUUCUCGAGGCGGGCAAAGAGAAGGUAAUAUUCCUUUAAUCCUAAACUACAGACUGGAGUUUGGAUGACGCCUUGACCAUCAUAAAGACUGGAACACAUGGAAAGACUGAUGGAGCUUUUAAAGACAUUGGACAUGACUUCAUGAUGACCAUGUGUGUCCAGCAUGAAGAGGACGAUCACCAUUUUAUCACUGGAAACCAGCUGUUUGCUUUCAGAUUCGCUGAACAUGAAAAAAGUUUUAAAAAAUACUGAUUGAACUGCUUUAUAAAGAUAUGUAUAUUUGUUUUAGAGGUCUAAAAUAUAAAAAGCUCGGUCCAUUUGCACAAAAGAAAAGAUAUUUUAAAUGAAGAUGUUGCGAAACCUUUUCUUGCCAACGUUUUUUUUUUUU